CUUCCAUAUCUUCAAGUUACGAUGCGUGUUCGCAAACAAACCUGUUAAACUGAUCCAGGAGCAGUAAGUGCUACUCGGGUGUUGGAGCUUUAACCCGCAGCACAUCGAUGGAGAACUGAUCUGGAAUCACCGGAUGUCUCGGGACCGGCUUCUAGAGGAAAUAUCCUCCGUCGCAGAGAACAUUUGUGAAGGGCUGCCAUUUUAGCAAGCUUACGCACAAAUGCAUCAUGAAGCGCAGAGUGGUCCAGCUCACCGCCAAGUCGCACCAUGAAAACUUCCUGGCUUCUCUGCAUCAGCUGAGGCUGCAGGGACACUUGUGUGAUGUCACAUUGCACGUCCAGGGAGACGAGCAGGAGUUUCGGGCCCAUCAGGCGGUGCUUGCAGCUUCCAGUGGCUACUUCAGGAAUAUCCUUCUCAUCCAGGAUGUAGCCCAAGAAACUAUUUCCCUCUCAAAUGUGCGUUCUGAUGAUUUCUCCAAGUUUUUGGAGUUUGCGUACACGGGUAAAGUGGAAGUUGACAGCAAAAAGAUUGCUGAUGUGCGAGCAGCGGCAGAGUUGUUGGACUGUAGAGAUCUGUCAGAGGUUUGCGAUGAAGCCAUGCAUGCUGAGAUUUUAGAAACGUCUAAAAAGAAAACACCUGCAUCAAAUGUUGUAGAUCAUUAUUACUUACAGUGUGACGAUAAAGAAAAAGGGGCCAAAGGGAAGAAGCAGCUUGGCAGGUUAGUUCUGAAGCGGCAGCGCUCACCACAGGGCUCUGAGAAUGAAGUCACUGCGAAACAAUCUAAGGUUAAGAAAACAGUGACGAAUGAAAAAAGUGAAGGGGGACAGGUGCAACAGAGGAAAUCAAGCCGCAGAAUCCUUCAGAAGCGUUUAAACGCUACAAGAGAGGCUUCAAACAGUGAAAACCAAGUUACUAAUGAGGACACAGAGGAGUUUGAGGACAGAACUGAAGUCGAGGCUCAGCCAGAGAAUCGAGCAGAGAGAGGUGAUGAGUCUUCAUGUGGAGUGCCGGGUUCUGAUGUGGACAACUGGGAACAUGAGGACAAUGCGCAAAGUAAUCCUGAAGACCUCAUGCUAUCUGUGGAGGAGGAUGAGGAGGAGGAGGGGGAAGAGGGAGAGUCCAAGGUGACGUCAAAAAGAACGUCCAAAGCCCAGUUCCAGUGCGACAAGUGCCAACGGACCUUCCACUACGAGAGGAGCUACUUGAAGCACAUCAGCACGUACCAUGGAGUGAAAGCAGACGUCGUCUAUCGCUGUGAGACGUGCCAGCAGACCUUCGCAAACCGCAGCAACUUGAAGAUCCACGAAAAGCACGUCCACAGCAACGAGAGGCUCUUUUCCUGCACCUCCUGCACAAAGACCUUCAAACGAAAGAAGGAUGUCGUCCGCCAUCAAAGACAGGUGCAUGAACGUAACAACCAGCGUCACAUCUGCCCUGAUUGUGGAAAGUCGCUCAGCUCCAAAACAGCACUGUUGUUGCAUGAGCGCAUACACACUGGUGCAAAGCCUUUUGAGUGCACUGACUGCGGGGCCAGAUUUACCCAGAAUGCUGCACUCAAGAUGCACCGCAGGAUUCACACAGGAGAGAAGCCAUUUGCGUGUGACGAGUGCGACGCCAGGUUCACUCAGAAGCACAUGUUGGCUUAUCAUAAGAGAUCACACACAGGAGAGAAGCCUUUCAUGUGUGAGGCCUGUGGGAAAAGCUUUGCAUCUAAAGAAUACCUCCGGCACCACUCAAACAUCCACACUGGCUUCAAGCCGUACAAGUGUGAACAGUGUAGCCGAGGCUUUGCUCAGAGAAAUUCUCUUCACCAGCAUUUAAAGAUACACACAGGUGAGCGUCCGUACAGCUGUAAAGACUGUGACAAGCAUUUUACCCAGAUCAACGCCCUGCAGAGGCACCAGCGUAUCCACACAGGAGAGAAACCUUACAUGUGUGGCCUUUGUAACCGCACCUUUACAGACAAGUCCACCCUCCGCAGACACGCUUUGACUCACGACUCCGAGGCUCCCUGGAAGACCUACCUGGUGGUUCUGGAGGGAAAUGUGGAGGACAAGAAACCCAAGUCCAGCCCUAAGGGAAAGACAAAAAAAGCAGGAGCAGGAGAGAAAAAGAGCCCAUCAAGAAAAAGUGGCGGUGGUGCUGUGACGGGUGACGCUGUUUCCACAGGUGCUGAAGGUGUCACUGUUGCUGCCGCUGAUGCCCCUUGUGGUGUUGAUGCUGCUGUUGAUGCCGCCGGUAAAACCAACACAGAGUCCAUUGUGGUUCCAGCUGAGCCAGUCACUCUACCAUCUGAAUGGACCAGCCAUGGAACCAUUGCUCUGGUCAGUCACGGCGGGAUCACCGUCAUCCACACCGAGGUGCCACCUGGGACGCAUAUCCAGCCCAUCAUGACCACUGAUGGCACAAGCACCAAUGUCAUUUCCUUAGAUGGUUCCUCCAUCCCCUUCUCUAUACCUGUCUCUAUGGCUCAUCCCAUCCCCUUGUCCUCCGAGGCGUCCUCCACCUCUUUGUCCGUACCCUCAGUCCUCUCCAUUCCUGUCUCUGAGGCCACACUGGCAUCGGUCUCCGAGAUCCCAGCUGUUUCAACAUCAUCCGUCCUGGAAGCUGCUGUGUCACAGACCAUUCUGGCUCAGGUUUCAGAGUCCAAGAUCACCCGACCAGAACCUGAUAUUCAGACUGUGAUUGUCAGUGACAAGGCCAAACAAACGUCAGCCGUCCAAAGCGAUGGACAGGAAAAGACACAGGAAACUCUGGAUGAAAUUAAAAAGACCCCUGAUCAAGACGCUGUGUAGAAAGUGGCUGUAAAUGUAAAGCUCUUUGUGUAAAUAUAAAGCUCUUUAUCUGUGGCAUUUCAACCCUUCAGUAAUGAUAUUUUUUGUAUAUACUUUGGAAUUAGCAAUUAGAAAAUGUAUUCUGACUUUGCCAUAUCUGUGAUCUUCAGUGUUUAUAACAACAUGUUGAGAUGUUAAGGUAUUCAUUGGGAAAUGCUACACGCUUAAGAGAUGUAACCAAGUGUUGGGUAUAAUUAGCAAAUGGACUAAAAUAAAAUUUAACAUGUUUGGUAAUGUACCGCAUGAAAUGUU